GCAGCAUCGACGACUUCUCAUUCUCACUCAGCAACUUGCCUGACAAAACUGUGAAAAUGGCCGGCAGAAUUUCAUCCGUAUUCCUACUCAUUGGUGCCAUGUUUUUGGCCGUCUCCGUACAAGAGAUCUAUGGAACUGGAUCUUUGACUGAGCCCAGGGAUGCCACUCCGGAGAUUCAGGGUUAUGUUGACCAGGUGAGAUCUGACGUGGAGAGUGAUGUCAACAGAGAACUCGAGAUGUACGAAGCGACGACCUACAGAACACAGCUGGUCAACGGAGUCAACUAUUUCAUCAAGGUUCACAUUGGUGGUGUUGAAUACCUACACCUUCGUCUCUACAAGUCCAAUGGUGGAGAUGUUAGUUUCGUCAGCGCCAAAGACGGAAUGAAGUUUGACGACGAACUUGUCUACUUUCAAUAGACUAAACCACUUGGACAGUCGAGUCAAACGUGGAGCUGUGGAUGGCAGUCUCUUGUUCAUUGAUUUUGAAUAAUUCUAGUAGCUGACGCUUCACCACCACCUAAAUAAUAAUUUAAACACAAAUCUAUAUAUAUUUGGUU